CUGUCCAUGGGAAGAGCAUGCAUUGUGGGUUACUGGAGGAACCCGACAUGGAUUCCACAGAGAGCUGGAUUGAAAGAUGUCUCAAUGAAAGUGAAAACAAACGUUAUUCUAGCCACACAUCUCUGGGGAAUGUUUCUAAUGAUGAAAAUGAGGAGAAAGAAAAUAAUAGAGCAUCCAAGCCCCACUCCACUCCUGCUACUCUGCAAUGGCUGGAGGAGAACUAUGAGAUUGCAGAAGGGGUCUGCAUCCCUCGCAGUGCCCUCUACAUGCAUUACCUGGACUUCUGCGAGAAGAAUGACACCCAGCCCGUCAAUGCUGCCAGCUUUGGAAAGAUCAUAAGGCAGCAGUUUCCUCAGUUAACCACCAGAAGACUCGGGACCCGAGGACAGUCAAAGUAUCAUUACUACGGCAUCGCGGUGAAGGAAAGCUCCCAAUAUUAUGAUGUGAUGUAUUCCAAGAAAGGAGCCGCCUGGGUGAGCGAGACGGGCAAGAAAGAAGUGAGCAAACAGACGGUGGCAUAUUCACCCCGGUCCAAACUUGGAACAUUGCUGCCAGAGUUUCCAAAUGUCAAAGAUCUAAAUCUGCCGGCCAGUCUGCCAGAGGAGAAGGUUUCUACCUUUAUUAUGAUGUACAGAACACACUGUCAGAGAAUACUGGACACUGUAAUAAGAGCCAACUUUGAUGAGGUUCAAAGUUUCCUUCUGCACUUUUGGCAAGGAAUGCCGCCCCACAUGCUGCCCGUGCUGGGCUCCUCCACGGUGGUGAACAUCGUCGGCGUGUGUGACUCCAUCCUCUACAAAGCUAUCUCCGGAGUGCUGAUGCCCACUGUGCUGCAGGCAUUACCUGACAGCUUAACUCAGGUGAUCCGAAAGUUUGCCAAACAGCUGGAUGAGUGGCUAAAAGUGGCUCUCCAUGACCUCCCAGAAAAUUUACGAAACAUCAAGUUUGAAUUGUCGAAAAGAUUUUCCCAAAUUCUGAGACGGCAAACAUCACUAAAUCACCUUUGCCAGGCAUCUCGAACAGUGAUCCACAGUGCAGACAUCACAUUCCAAAUGCUGGAAGACUGGAGGAAUGUGGACCUCAACAGCAUCACCAAGCAAACCCUUUACACCAUGGAAGACACUCGAGAUGAGCACCGGAAGCUCAUAGUCCAGUUGUAUCAGGAGUUCGACCAUCUCCUGGAGGAGCAGUCUCCCAUUGAGUCCUACAUCGAGUGGCUGGACACCAUGGUGGACCGGUGUGUUGUGAAGGUGGCUGCCAAGAAGCAAGGGUCCCUGAAGAAGGUGGCCCAGCAGUUCCUCUUGAUGUGGUCCUGUUUUGGCACAAGGGUGAUCCGAGACAUGACCUUGCACAGUGCCCCCAGCUUCGGGUCUUUUCACCUAAUUCACUUGAUGUUUGAUGACUAUGUGCUCUACCUGUUAGAAUCCUUGCACUGCCAGGAGCGCGCCAGUGAGCUCAUGCGAGCCAUGAAGGGAGAAGGAAGCACCGCAGAAGUCCGAGAGGAGAUUAUCUUGACGGAGGCUGCCCCACCAACCCCUUCACCAGUGCCAUCGUUUUCUCCAGCAAAAUCUGCCACGUCCGUGGAAGUGCCACCUCCCUCCUCCCCUGUCAGCAACCCAUCCCCUGAGUACACUGGCCUCAGCACUACAGGAGCGAUGCAGUCAUACACAUGGUCUCUAACAUACACAGUGACAACGGCGGCAGGGUCCCCAGCUGAAAACUCCCAACAGCUGCCCUGUAUGAGGAGUACACACGUGCCUUCCUCCUCGGUCACACACAGGAUCCCAGUUUAUCCCCACAGAGAUGAGCACGGGUACACGGGAAGCUAUAACUAUGGGAGCUAUGGCAACCAGCAUCCUCCCCCGAUGCAGAGCCAGUACCCGGCCCUCCCGCACGACACAGCCAUCUCGGGACCGCUCCACUACACCCCGUACCACAGGAGCUCCGCACAGUACCCGUUUAAUAGCCCCACUUCCCGGAUGGAACCUUGUUUGAUGAGCAGUACUCCCAGACUGCAUCCUACCCCAGUCACCCCACGAUGGCCAGAGGUGCCCACAGCCAACACGUGCUACACAAGCCCGUCUGUGCAUUCCACGAGGUAUGGAAACUCUAGUGACAUGUACACACCCCUGACCACGCGCAGGAAUUCUGAGUAUGAGCACAUGCAACACUUUCCUGGCUUUGCUUACAUCAACGGAGAGGCCUCCACAGGAUGGGCUAAGUGA